GUCAGUGUGCUCUGUCAUCCUGAAUCUUCCAGGUGUUCUGAAGGAUUACCUGCGGGAGUUACCAUACCCCUUGAUAUCCAAGAAUUUGUAUGAAGCUGUUCUCGACUCUAUGGCUAAGAGGCCCCUGCGGAUCGGUGCCAAUGGGAACGAGAAUGACCACUCAGACUCUGAGCACACUGUCGGUCUCCUGGAAAUCCUGCCUGAAGUCGAGAAGGCUACCUUACGGAGGUUGCUUGACCAUUUGAAGCUGGUGGCCUCUCACCACGAGGUGAACAAAAUGACCUGCCAGAAUCUGGCCGUGUGCUUCGGCCCGGUGCUACUCAGCCAGAGGCAAGAGGCAUCCAGCCAUAGCAAACGGGUUUUCAUUGACUCGGAGGAGCUGGCCAGUGCCUUGCACUUCAAGAAGCACAUCGAGGUGCUGCAUUACCUCCUGCAGCUAUGGCCAGUCAUAGACUCCCAAAGCGCAGCGGCCUCUCCGGUGAAGGAGCCCCCAGCCGAGGUGGCUGUUGCCCCCCAGUACUUGCGCAGGCGCAGGGAGCGUCCACAGGUGCUGAACGUGAGCGAGGAGGAGAUUGCAGGCGUGCUCCGGCCGAAACCUGGCCGCUUGGACAGUCCCAGCAACCGCUACGCGGGGGACUGGAGCCGCUGUGGAGAGAGCUACCUGCAGCCACUGAAAGCGCCGGUCAGCGAGGACGUCGACUAUGACGACGUGCCGUCGGAGGAUGUGCAGGACACAGGCGAUCUGCAAGAGAAGCCAGAACAGGCGCCUCCAGCAGAAGAGGAGAAGGGCGGACGUCAGGGUGAAGAACAGGGCGAGGAGAGCAGCUCAGUGGACGUCCGAGCGCACGUUCCUACCGGUCCCGUUUUUACAACCCAGCAGCACCUAGUCAACGAGCACAGGUACCAGGCGUUUGUGAAGAUCCAGAACUUUACCCCAGUCCUAAGUAACAGGGUCAACCUCAAGGAUCUGCAGGAGAGCAUCGACACCCUUAUCGGCAACUUGGAGAGGGAACUGAACAAAAACAGAAUAAGUGUUGGCUAGCAACGAUGCUAACCAGCAAACCAUGCAUCAGAAUUGCAAGUUAAUGGCUCAGGGCUGGCCAUGACAGUGUUCUAAACUUCAGAACAAGGGUGUAUCUGGAAGUUCCCUUGUUCUGUAGAGCAUUCAUCCUUUGUGGUUUUCGUCAUCUGUUACGGGCACCCUGCAGUGCUUUCUUUUUAACAUUGCAACUGCUCCUCUUCAUCUUCUUCUUAUUAGAAGAAUUCAUUAACCCUAUGGGGUAUUAAAGGUGCCUUCAUUGUUAAAGGUUGUACAGACUGAGACAUUUUUUUUUAAAAGAUGUACAGUUUAACGUAAACUGAUGCACUUAAAAAGCAGACUUUGGGAGAGCAUGUUUAGAUGUAGUGGUCUUGAAAUAUUGUACAGGAUAAUGAACCUUUAGCACUAGAUUUUGGAGCUCAGCAAAUGACAGAUACUAGGGUACUAGGGUAAAUUAGUAAGUGUCCACUAGGUGUUCAUAGAUGCUAUUCUGUUUUAAAAGCUAAAGAUGUAUAUUCUACGAUAAAAUGUUUCUUUAUAUUACUGUACAAAAUAUAGUUUUGUACUUUUUUUAACUGUAUAUUUUUGAUAUAUCACAAAAUAUCAGAGCAAAAUACUGUUUCUAAAAAAUUAGUUCACAUUUCGUACAGAAAAUUAUUUUGAUAAAGACCUCAUUUAUAACAGCUAUAAUAGUAAGUUUGGUACCUAAUGAAUGAAAGUCAUCCAGGGAUAAAGAAUUAUCAGUAUUUUUCAUAAAGAGACAUGCAUACAUCUGGGAUGUACAUUAUUUAACGUUAUUACCAUAAUAUAAUUUCUAUCAUUGGAAUGUUUAUAUAUAUUGCUUAAUAAAAAAUAUGCCCCUUUGUUUUACUACAUCGGAAAAAGAAAUUUGUACAGUCUAACAUAAGCCUGAACAGUAAUGAGGGUUAUUUCAUGUAUAUAAAAAAAAUAUAUCCUGAAGGGACAUCUUUUUUGCAUAAAUUGAGGCAAAUCAGACAGUUUCACAUGAUGUCACAUGUGUGUUCUGGAAUAGGGUUAACUUUGAAAUAGAUGUGUAUUACGUAUAUUCAUGUAAAGUAAUUGGCAGCUUUAUUUUAAUAUUCGUUCACAAUAUCUUCCAUCUUAUCUUAUAGAUCCUGAACGUGUAAGAGCACAUUUCCGAUACGCCGAAACUAAAUACGUUAUGCAUAUUUGUUGUGGGGUAUGCUGCGCUCACACCUGUAUGGCUGGACUUUUGCAGGUUUACUCCAGGUACUCUGCCUUUUUCCCACAGUACAAAGACAUGAUGAUAGGUGACUUGGUGUCUUUAAAUUGCCUGUACUGCCUGUGGCCUUUUAUGGAUUGCAUCCCAUCUAGGAAGACCUGUGCUCUGAGUCAGAACCCAGGCUCUGACCCUGUACUGGACUUAAAGUCAUAAAAGUCAUGGAUAUUUAUACUAGGACUACUGGUAUUCCUGGGCUGUGUCAGGUGAUCCCCUGGAAAUAGUCCUGAUGUAUAAGUGCUGUUUGGUUCUUCUGGUGUAGAGGAGUUCACAAGGAGAACUUCCAUCUGCAAUGUGCUUAUCUGUAGCAAGCAGGCCGCAAGAUAUUCAAAGCCAUGCGUCAGGAGGAAGCUUCUCCUAGCCGUAGCGCAUGAUUAAGAGCCCCUAACCUGUAACUUAACUUCAGUAAGAGAAGCACCAUCACUCUGUUGUGGGUUCCAGCUCAGAUUCUGCAUUGUGUGGGUGGAAGGUUUCCCAGUAAAUCUACAUCACCGGCCAUUUGAAUAAAUGUAUGAGUAAAGGUCAUCAUGUAUUCAACCAUACAUAUAUCAUCUUACUCUUGUAAGAGUCAAAAACUCUAAUUGAGUCAGCAGUGAGAUUAGAAGUUAAACCUUAUUCGUGUAUGGAUUUUUAAAAAGACAUUAUAGCAUUUCAAAUUCGUUAUCCUAUUGACGGGUAAUUUUGGUAACGUUGAGUUUUUUUUUUCUUCAGAAUUUACAUGUAUUUCUUAAAUGGAAUUUUGACAGUGCAUGAGUGCAGCCUGUUAGACCGAUGUCUAAUCCAGCUUGUACCCUGCUUUCAAUUUAUGCUUCUCCAUGAUGGAUUGCUGUACCCCCAUUUUGGAUAAGCAUACAAACUGUGUUAAAUGGCUAAAAUUUUGGUAUUUGAAGUUAAAAGUACAUUCCAUAAAUAUGUGUAUGUAUUUGUAUGCCUUUGCAGUAUGUUACUGUUUCUUUGACAAUUUCAAUGUAUGUGUAUUUAAAGCUUAUUAAUUACCUUGUAGUAUCACUAUAAGUAACAGUCUUUCUUAUAAUAUAUUGCUUGUAUAAAGAUGUAAUAUGUUUUGAAGUUAUAUAUUGGGACUAAUGAAACAUUUCUAGUUGCAAAACAUAAUUACAUAUGGAUGCGUACAGAUGUUACUAUUUUUAUUAUGUUUUAUAUGUUUAUAUAUUUUAAUCACUGUUGGUACGAAGUGGGAAUUUGUGUAUUAUAAUAAUAUUUCAUGAUCAAAAACCUUUCAUCCAAAAUGGAUCAUUUUCAUCCUCUGCUGCCCAGUGUGUGUGUGUAGAUGUAUAUGUUAUUUUAAUUACCUCAGCAGCUUCUCACAAAUAUGUUCAGUUUACAUCAGCGUAUGGAUUCAUAUUUCAGACACAUUAACAGCUCUUAAUGUCAUGAACAAAUGAAGCGAACGUCUGAGUGCAUUUCCCUCUCCACAGUGUCUAAAAUGUGAGCCGGUUCCACUUCUUACACAAGAUCCUUAGCAACUAGUUGUGAAAAAGCUUUUGCAUUUAUGUAUUUUUAAUUAGCAUGCAUUUAUUCAUGCAUGUACUGUUCCAAAAUUAUUUUAUGUUUUUAAGAUUUGAAAAGACCUAAAUUUAUGUCAUUUUGGACAAAUUGAGACAUUUCUUUGGAGAGAAAAGUAAAUUAAAAUGGGGGCAUAUA